ACACUACAGACUAAGACAUGAAGAUGGAAUCCCGCACAUUGGUUCUGAUCAUGUUUUUAGGUGUCCUCUGUGUUGCACAGGCACUGAGGUGCAACAACUGCCUGAAGAUUGACAUAGACAAUCCCACCUGUGAUAAGAUAGAGGAGAAAGAAUGCAGCAGUGGUUUUGAUAAGUGCAUUAAGAUCAAAAUGCAUCCUCCAGCCUACGGUGAGGUGCGCAGAUGUGCAAAUACUAAUGAGUGUGAUGCUCAGGUGCCUCCUCAGGUGGAGAAAGAGUGCUGCAACACAGACCUCUGCAACUGAUCUGCUCCAUCAGCCAAAUGUAUUUUACAAUAUGGUCUGUGAUAAUCUUACACUACUUAAAAUGCUCAAAACAUACAGCAUACUAUCAUUGUUAUUAAUUGACUUUAAUUUAAUAUAUAGGUAAAUAUAAGUAGAGAAUAAUAUAAAGAAAUAAAAUCUGGCCAGCAAAACGAGAAACAAUGAUGAUUCUUUGUUUUCUAAAACAUUGUAUUUUUUUAGUUUUGAAAUGUACAACAAUUAAACUCUAAAACAAAA